AUGGCGUCCGAACAGCAGCGUUUGCCCACCCGUGAGAGGCGCCCAUCCACCUCCGCCCCGAUUGUCGACAUUCAGGGUGCAGUCGCCCCCGCAGGCAUCUCCCGCCCAAAACACACCCGAACUGCCACUGGUUUCGGCCCUAGUGAGAUCAAGAGCUUCGAAGCCUCAAUUCCCGAACCUCAACGUGAAGCAUGGAAGCGCAACCAGUCUAGUGGCUUUAUUGGUAAAGACGGCUUCGAGAAAGAGGUUGUCCGCCACGUCGAGACCACUCUUGCCCGCUCUGUCUUCAACUGCGAUGAGCAUGCUGCCUACUCUGCUACCAGCCUGGCUUUCCGUGAUCGUCUGAUCCUUGAUUGGAACAGAACUCAACAGAGACAGACUUAUCGCGACUCCAAGCGUGUGUACUACUUCAGUCUCGAGUUCUUGAUGGGCCGUGCUCUUGACAAUGCUAUGCUCAACGUGGGUCAGAAGGAUACUGCAAAGGCUGGUCUUGCUGAGCUCGGCUUCCGAAUCGAAGACAUCAUCACGCAGGAGAAUGAUGCUGCGCUGGGUAACGGCGGUCUUGGUCGACUCGCUGCCUGUUUCCUCGACAGUCUGGCGUCCCUCAACUACCCCGCUUGGGGCUACGGUCUCCGAUAUCGAUAUGGCAUUUUCAAGCAGGAAAUUGUCGAUGGAUACCAAGUCGAGGUGCCUGAUUACUGGCUUGACUUCAACCCCUGGGAGUUCCCACGACACGACGUUACUGUCGAUAUUCAAUUCUUUGGGCAUGUUAGAAAGACUACUGAUGAGAAUGGCAAGUCCGUUGCUCUUUGGGAGGGUGGUGAGAUCGUCCAGGCCGUUGCCUACGAUGUCCCCAUCCCCGGCUACGACACACCCACAACAAACAACCUGAGACUGUGGUCCAGCAAAGCUUCUGGCGGAGAGUUUGACUUCCAGAAGUUCAACAAUGGUGAUUACGAGAGUUCAGUUGCCGACCAACAGCGAGCUGAGACCAUCAGCGCUGUUCUGUACCCCAACGACAAUCUGGAGCGUGGAAAAGAACUUCGGCUGAAGCAGCAGUACUUUUGGGUUGCUGCCUCGUUGUAUGAUAUCGUUCGCCGUUUCAAAAAGUCUAACCGCCCUUGGAAGGAGUUUCCCGAACAAGUGGCUAUCCAGCUCAACGAUACCCACCCUACACUGGCCAUCGUGGAGUUGCAGCGAAUUCUCAUUGACAUUGAGCACCUUGAAUGGGACCUGGCAUGGGAAAUUGUCGUGAACACCUUCGGUUACACCAAUCAUACUGUGCUGCCCGAAGCCCUGGAGAAAUGGCCUGUUGGUCUGAUCCAGCACCUUCUACCUCGACACUUGCAGAUUAUUUACGAUAUCAAUCUGUUCUUCCUCCAGAAGGUCGAGAAGGCAUUCCCCAAUGACCGAGAUAUCUUGAGAAGAGUGUCCAUCAUCGAGGAGUCUCAAACAAAGAUGGUACGCAUGGCGUACUUGGCUAUUGUUGGAUCACACAAGGUCAACGGUGUUGCCGAACUACACUCGGAUCUCAUCAAAACCACUAUCUUCAAGGAUUUUGUCGAGAUCUACGGCCCUGACAAGUUUACUAACGUGACCAAUGGCAUCACUCCUCGCCGCUGGCUCCACCAGGCCAACCCUCGCCUUUCGGAGCUCAUUGCUUCCAAGGUUGGGGGUAAUGGCUUCCUCAAGGACCUCACCACUCUAAAUCAGCUCGAGAAGUAUGCUGAUGACAAGGAAUUCCGUAAGGAAUGGUCCGAGAUCAAGUAUGCCAACAAAGUUCGACUGGCUAAGCUCAUCAAAUCGGCCGUGGGUGUCACUGUGAACCCUGCGGCGUUGUUUGAUGUCCAGGUCAAGAGAAUCCACGAGUACAAGCGACAGCAGCUCAAUAUUUUUGGCGUCAUUCAUAGAUAUCUCAACCUCAAGUCACUGUCCCCUGAGGAGCGUAAGAAAGUUGUUUCACGUGUCUCCAUCUUUGGUGGCAAGGCCGCCCCCGGCUACUGGAUGGCGAAGCAGAUUAUACAUCUGGUCAACGCCGUUGGCUCUGUGGUGAAUAAUGAUGAGGAUAUUGGAGAUCUUCUCAAGGUCAUCUUCUUGCCUGACUACAACGUCAGCAAAGCUGAGAUUAUUACCCCUGCAUCGGACCUUAGCGAGCACAUUUCUACUGCGGGCACCGAGGCAUCUGGAACCAGCAACAUGAAAUUUGUGCUGAAUGGUGGUCUCAUCAUUGGCACUUGUGACGGUGCUAAUAUUGAAAUAACUCGCGAGAUCGGCGAGAGCAACAUCUUCUUGUUUGGCAAUCUCGCUGAAGACGUUGAAGAUCUUCGGCACAGUCACCAGUACGGCUCCCAUGAAAUUGACACCGACUUGCAGAAAGUGUUUGCCGAGAUCGAGAAGGGUACCUUUGGCUCAGUCCAUGACUUUAGUGCCCUGGUUGCCGCUGUCCGUGACCACGGUGACUACUACUUGGUGUCUGACGACUUCCACAGCUACAACGAGACCCACAAGCUGGUGGACGAGGCAUACCAGAACCAUGAAGAAUGGAUCAAGAAGUCUAUUAUCUCUGUUUCUCGCAUGGGAUUUUUCAGCAGCGACCGCUGCAUUGACGAGUAUGCCGAGAGUAUCUGGAACGCAGAGCCUCUUGUCGUCCAUGAUUAG